UCAAUCCUUUUCUGAUGAUGCGCAACUUGAAGCUAUCGACCUCUGUCUUCCCGGGGAUCAUCUUCUUCAGCUGUCUGCUCCUCUACCUCUACUCCACACUCCUCCCUUUCUACGCACACUCUCCCACGGAAAGCCAUAACUCUCUAACCCCAUCCACGCCUGCAUUUUCCCCUUCUCCUCCUCAAUGCAAUCUUUUCCAUGGAAAUUGGGUUGAAGACCCCUCCCACGAACCCAUCUAUGAUGAGACCUGCCCAUUCCACAGGAACGCAUGGAACUGCCUCAAGAACAAGAGGGAUAACAUGGGUCGGAUCAAUUCUUGGAGGUGGGUCCCUUCUGGGUGUGAUUUUCCAAGGAUCGACCCAGUUGGGUUUCUGGGUCUGAUGAGGAAUAGGCGAAUUGGGUUUGUUGGGGACUCCUUGAAUGAGAAUUUCUUGGCUUCGUUUCUUUGCAUUUUGAGGGUGGCCGAUGCGGGUGCCAAGAGGUGGAAGAGGAAGGGGGCUUGGAGAGGUGCUUAUUUUCCUAAAUUCAAUGUCACUGUGGCCUAUCAUCGAGCUGUGCUGCUUGCGAAAUAUGAGUGGCAGCCAAAACAGUCAGCACCUUCUGAUCAAGAUGGACGGGAAGGAAUAUACCGAGUAAAUGUUGAUACUCCCGCAGAUGAUUGGGUCAAUAUCACCGAUUUCUAUGAUGUUCUCAUUUUCAAUACUGGCCAUUGGUGGGGCCCUGAUAAAUUCCCAAAAGAGAAACCUCUUGUUUUCUAUAAGGCAGGGAAACCAAUACUUCCUUUGCUUGGAAUGCACGAUGGAUUUAAGGUUGUUCUUAAAAAUAUGAUUUCUUAUAUACAAAAGAAAGUACCAAGCAAGACACUCAAGUUCUGGCGCUUGCAAUCUCCAAGACAUUUUUAUGGUGGUGACUGGAAUCAAAAUGGCAGUUGCCUGUUUGACAAGCCGCUUGAGGAAUCCCAGCUUGACUUGUGGUUUGAUCCCAGCAACAAUGGAGUCAACAAAGAAGCAAGACAACUAAAUCUUCUGAUUGAAGAGGCAUUACAAGGCACAGAUAUUCAACUGCUUGAUCUGACUCAUUUGAGCGAGUUCAGAGCAGACGCCCAUCCAUCAAUCUGGUUAGGAAAGAAAGAUGCUGUGGCAGAGUGGGGUCAGGAUUGCAUGCAUUGGUGCCUACCUGGUGUCCCUGACACCUGGGUUGAUAUCCUGUCAGAAGAGAUUCAAUAUAGAUUGGACAGGAGACAGGAUUUUGAUUAGAUUUUCAUUUUGCCAAUAUUCAUGGAUCUCACAGAAAAUUAUCAGAGCAGCUUGUCUCAAUGCACAUGAAUCUGACGGGGGGAGUUGGUUAUGGCAAGGUAGAUGCAACUGCUACCAGGCAAGUCAAGUUAUCCGGAAAUUCAAACACAAGUAUGGCCUUCUGGUGGGAGAUAUUCACUGUUUUUUUCAACCUUUUUUUCCUUUGGGCAGUAUUUGAAAUAUGCCAACUGCUAUGAGAUGAUUGUAGAGCUUUAGGUCUCACAUUUUUUUUUUCUUUUUUCUCGAAGUUCUAUUUAUUUUUUCUAUUACCUUCCCACGCUCACCCCCUCGUGUUGUAUUUUUUCAUGUACACACUUACUUUUCAGUAAUACAGACCCCAUUUUUGCAUAAUAA